AUGGCCACUCUACGCUAUAAGUCCGAGCGUCAUCCCCCAGUAGUUGCAAACAGCCUCGACGUUUGGUACCUGGACGGAAACGUCGUCCUGCAAGCGGAGAACCUACGGUUUCGCGUGCACAAGUCUAUCCUCAGCAAGCACUCGCACGUCUUUCGCGACCUCUUCCUGCUCGCCACACCCUCGGAUGCGCCGGUCGAGGAAGGAUGCCCAGUUGUCACGAUUCAUGACGCCGAGGAGAGUACUGAGCAUGCUUUGAAAGCCUUGUACGGGCAACGAAGCUACUAUGAUCACGGUCGUCCUAUGCGCAUCUCCGUUGUGGCUGCACUCCUUGAUUUCGGCAAAAAGUACGGCAUCAAGCAGCUGCAAGAAGAAGCUGAAUCGCGCCUCCGACAUGAACUCCCUUGCUCCCUCGCUGCAUGGGAUAAGGCAUACGAUGGCUGGUCCUUAAUCGAGGACGAAGACGGAGUCACCCAGUUAGCCACCGACCUCCUGUGGCGCCAUGACAUCUCCAUAGCCCUUCCCGCCGCGCUGUACGCCUGUUCCCUUCGCCCCGUCGCGGAUAUCAUGUAUGGGCGCCAAUAUGACGCCGGCCUUGUACUUCUGAACGACCGCGACCUUCGCGCGCGUAUCGUCGUGGGCAAGGAGGACAUCUCCCGUGCGUGCGCAGCCAGCGAUUUCGUGGAAUGGCUCGAGAGCGACGAGCCCAAGGCCGGGUGCGGGACGACGCAAAAAUGCCACGAGGGCCGGUUUGCGAUCUACAGGGCGCUGUGGGGUGGCUUCUCCAACCUCGGCGCAUUGGACCCAUGGUGGGAACGCUGGGAUCGACGCCUGUGCGACCAGUGCAGGACUGUGGCAAAGGAGAAAUACGAAAGUACUAGGCAGGAGAUAUGGGCGAAGCUACCAGCGAUGUUCAAGCUGCCCGCUUGGGAAGACCUGUUGGCCCAAAGCAACGAUUGACGAGGACAAGGGUGAGGUCUUCCCGGAACUGUUCAUGAUCUUCUUAGUAUGGACUUGUAAAGUCUGCACAUGUAUAAAUUUUCCUCUAUGCCAUUCCCGAG